AUGACAGAUUGAGGUUACUGAGCUAAUAUAGGUUUAAGUAUAAUUUGUGCAUGGUCCCUGGCAUAUAAACAAAAACGAAAAUAAAUGCAGUCCUUUAAAAUAAAAAAAGGACUGAAAUUCAUAUGAUUUGAUUAACUUAUUCACUGUUUUCAGUGAGAGUAUUUUAAGUAGCCUUGGAUUUUUAUUAAUUCCAUAAAUUGGCUGUAUUUGCAGAACUAAUUUAGUUUAGUUGCAUAAAUUCCCAAUUAAAUAAUUAAUUAAUUGUAGCCUCUAGUUUCCAGGUAAGAAGAGAAUUGGUCCUCAUCAUUAGCUUGAGGGGUCUUUCUUCAGGGCAAGGCUUGAAAAAUUCUGAGUUCCAUUUGAUGCAGUCGUGCGUGCACUUUAUCAAGACCCCGUGGAGUGUGAACUAGCAACCGACCUACCUGGCAAGAUUCUCGACACCUCUUAGUAACGACUAUAAUGGACAAAAGUAGCCAGCUAACUAGUCAAAGUCUGUAGAAUAUAGUCGACAAAUGCUGGUGUUAAAGCCACGUAGCUAUGCUAAUGUAUUUCAUAAAUCAAGCUUGCUAGUUGCAACCGCAACUUUUAUCCAAGUAGUAGCAAGCUAGCAGUGAAGCACCCCUCGCUAACUUGGGUAUUUUUUGCUAGCUAGCUUUCUGGGUGGCUGGUUAAUAUUCAGAGAGCCAUACAACAGCUAUUUGGUCACCCGUCAUAUUUUUUGGAGCAAGCUAGCUAUCUGAACUAAUUUUAUAAUAACGCAGUCUUUAGCUGGGUAGUUGACCAGUUUAAUCAGUUGGUCAUCAUAGUUUCGUCCAGCUAGCCAGUAGCUUAGCUAGCCAACUCGCUAACGUUACUUUGUUCGCUAGCUAGCAAACUAGCAAGGUGCUGCUGACCUAGCUAGCCGAAAUUCAAAUAGUUUUGUUGCUGUUUCUCCAUUUAAAAAAUGCCUGCAAUGAUGGAAAAGAGUGGUUCAGAAAUGUCUGGGAAAAGAAGGGGUAGGAAUGCAGUGAAUAAUCCAAACAAAAGUUUUUCUACAAAUGGAAAUAGCAACAAUUCAUGGGAAGAAGGAAGUUCGGGCUGCUCCAGUGAUGAUGAGCAUGGUAGUGGUGGUAUGAGAGUUGGGACUCAGUAUCAAGCCCUUGUGCCAGACUAUGAUCCAGAGAUUGCCAAAGUGGCCGAGGAGAGGGACAACUUGGGCAUGCGGGUGUGGAUCCCCAGCCGGAUCCUGGCCGAAGCUAAAUUGGAUGAAUACAUUGCAAUUACCAAAGAGAAGCAUGGGUACAACAUGGAGCAGGCACUGGGGAUGCUUUUCUGGCACAAGCACAACAUUGAGAAGUCCCUGGCAGAUUUGCCCAACUUCACACCUUUCCCAGAUGAGUGGUCAGUGGAGGACAAGGUCCUGUUUGAACAGGGCUUUAGCUUCCACGGAAAAACUUUCCACCGUAUACAGCAGAUGUUGCCUGACAAGUCCAUUGCCAGCUUGGUUAGAUUUUACUACUCUUGGAAGAAGACACGGAGCAAAACCAGUGUCAUGGAUCGCCAUGCACGCAAGCAGAAGAGGGAACGAGAAGAGAGUGAGAAUGAGGCUGAGGAGACCAAUGGUAACACUCCAAGGGAUGUAGUGUACGAACCAAAUAAGGACGAGAAGAAAGAGCUGGGUGCUGCACCUGAGAAACAGGAGAUAAAACCAGUACCAGUGGUACAGAGGCCGAAUACUAGUAUGGCAGAGAAGCUGACCCAAGUGAAGAAAGAACCCCAGGGUCCUCCAGGGAAGAACCAGCAUCGUGCUAAAAAGAAGCCUCCUAAAGGAAUGCACCUGAGCCAGGGAGACGUAGCUGCUAUGUCCACCAGCACCCCUGCUGCAGUCGGUGUGCUGAGGCAAAUCGACAUGGAGCUGGUUGCCAUCAAACGGCAGAUCCAGAGCAUCAAACAGAAUAACAGUGCUCUGAAGGACAAGCUUGACGUGGGAGUGGACCACUUCAGAGUACCUGAGGUGACCCAGAAGUUCAACACUCGCUGGACAACAGAGGAGCAACUGCUUGCUGUACAAGCCAUCAGAAAAUAUGGGCGGGACUUCCAGGCUAUCUCGGACGUGAUUGGCAACAAGUCAGUGGUGCAGGUGAAGAACUUCUUUGUUAACUACCGCCGACGCUUCAACCUGGAUGAGGUGCUGCAGGAAUGGGAGGCUGAGCAUGGGAUGGAGGGAGCAGCCAAGGGAGGAGAGGAGGAGAAAAUGGACACAUCUUCUAUUGAGGAUGGAGCCACCACCCCUGUGGUGCCAGAGGAUCAAAAAGAGGAAUCAUCGCCAGUGGCGGCAAAACAACCUCUGGCAUCCUGAGUGGUCGGCCAUCUUGGAUUAUUCUGUUGGCGGACCUCCUCCCUCUGAGAUUUUACUUUUGUGCUGAAGAGGCGAUGAUUAAUCUGAAUCUGCACAGGUUACAUCCUGUCUGUGUGUGCUUCUUCAAGAAGGUCAUUCCUGUUACCUUUUCCCCAAUUCAAGAAUGUUUUGCAGCUGCCCACCAAUUAACUCAAGCACCAUUCUUCAGCCGGGAUGACAGUCAAAGUAACCAGGAUUAUCUGACUGCACUUUAUCCCAUCACUGUUUUUGUCACCUUGGUGAGAAGGAAAACUUCUGUAUCAAAUUUAACUUGUUUUUGUAUCUGGCCUCUUUUACCCUGUCACUCAACAUUACAGAUGAUCCCUGUGAUCUAGACCACAAUACACAUGUUUCAUUUUAUCCUUCUGUAACCCUCUUUACUUUGUAAAGACUGGUUUUGGUUGUGUAGUAUUUAAUCACAAUAGGUCUCAUUAUGAAAUGACCCUGUGGAUUACUAUCCUGUCAUUCUGUGUGCUUGACGAAGAUGUCUUUGUACACCAGGCAGCCAUAAAGAAAAAACACCCCAAUAAAUACCAUCACAGUGUUGGAGAUUAGGUGAGUCAGGCCAGUUGUACCCCCGACACACAGUACGUAGGAUUAGAGGAUGGCAUUUCCACAGGAACAUUUCAUAUUGAGACCCAGUGCAAGUUGAUACUACACAACCAUUUCUAUUUGUCUUCUUCCUCCCUAACCUUUUGUCUGUGACCCUAGUGCAUAUUUAUAAAUAAUGCAUUAGUUGUUGUAAUUAAUGUAAGGAACUUUAAAUAGGAGCUGUUAAAUAUUGCGAGGAUGUCCAUUUUCAGUUUACUAGUAACCUCAGGACAAUCAGGUCAACACAAUUAUGUUAUGAAUGAUUUUCAGUUGAAAGGACUGUUGAAUGAGAAAUUAAGUAGAUGAAUGAGAGAAUUUUUACAUUUUAAUUUAAACAUUUUGAGUUUGAAGUGUGUUAUUUGUCAGUUCAAACCCUGUCCCUUUCGCAGCAACCUGCCUAUGCUAUUCAACCGUUUUUAAUGUACUGAUACCAUGAUUUAGCGUACUGUUUUGAAACUUUUUUUUAUAUAUAUUUGUGAAGAAAUUGUGAAUGCCUGAGGUGGGGUUUUAAUGUGUGUACAUUUUAUUGCUGUCAUUUACCAUUGUGUAUUCAUUUUGCUCAUCAAUUAACCAUAAAUAAAUUUGAAGGAUUUAUAGGGACAUUU